AAAGACAUUAAGAAGUUGUGACUUAUUGCCUAUUAGUUGGAUAUCUGUUGCAUGGUAUCCUAUUUACCGGAUCCCAACCGGUCAAACAUUAAAGGAUUUGGACGCUUGCUUUCUAACCUACCAUUCCCUUCCACAACCAUUGAAGGUAAUGGAAGUAAUCAUUCACCAAUUUUAGUCUAUCCUAAUGAACAGGAUGGUAUCCCGAAGGUUUCCUUACCUGCUUUUGGAAUGCCUUCUUAUAAAUUCAAAGGAUCCAUAUGGACGCCAAAUGGUGUAAGCGAGCAUCAACUCAGAAAUUCCCUCACUAAGGCUGCUGAAAACUGGCUAAGACUGCUCCAGUUCAUUCAGCCUGAUUUUCAGUUUUUUGCUUCACAUGGAAUCUACCACAGAAGUGAUGAAGAAGUAGUGGAGUUUGUGGCACAAGCGGUUGCACAGCUCCCGUUGCAAUUAGAUAGAUUGAAGCCUAAAGAUCAUGGUGAGGCUCUUGCAGUUCUGUAGGUGGUGAUAGUCUGCCAAUGUCAUUCCUAGGCUUCUGCAGCUGUGUGCUUGUUUGAAGCACAUAUGUUCUGAAAUUUGAAUCUUGCAUCUGUUAAAGAAGCUUCUUGAUCCUGAGUAAAACAAUCUUCAGGUCUCCUAAAUGGAUACUCAAUGUGGUCUUGGUAGAGCCACAAUGUCAUUCAUAAUCAACUUUUCGAAGGCUUCUUCUUUUUUUUCUUUUUUUUUUCUUUUUUUUUUCACUCAAUGAAAUAAACUUUUGAAA